AUGGGACGCGCGGGUAAAUCUAAAAACAAUCCCAACGCAUCAUCAUCAGGUGGAGCCGGCGGCAGAGGAGGAGGAGGUAAAGGCAGAGGUAAAGGCAGAGGCAAGAACCACCACGGCGCGACUUUGAAUCCACCGUGGGCGAGGAACAGUCGAGGAUUUGGAGGUGGUGGUUUUUGUUCUUGCGUGAACGAAAACUGCGAAAGACGACACGAGGGCGGUGAGAGAAAAGGGAACGGUUCAGAAGACGACGACGAAGAAGAAGAAGAAGAAGAAGAACAAAAAAGAAAAGCAAACACUACUUUCCCAGUGCCAUUGGCGAUGUGGGAUUUAGGCCAGUGCGAUCCAAAAAGAUGCACGGGAAGAAAGUUACACAGAUUAGGAUGUUUAAAGGAGUUGCGAUUAUCGCAACGAUUCCCUGGUGUCGUUUUAACGCCAGACGCGACGGAACACUUAUCGCCGGCGGAUUACGACUUGAUUCGCUCUGACGGGUUAGCCGUCGUGGACUGUUCGUGGAACAGACUUGAGGAUGUACCUUGGAACAAAAUUCACGGAGCAGCACCACGUUUGCUACCUUGGAUGGUAGCCGCGAAUGGGGUUAACUACGGUAAAGCCUGUAAAUUAUCGUGCGCGGAAGCCUUAGCCGGUGGAUUGUAUUGCGCCGGGUACGGCGACGCCGCGAAACAAUUGAUGAACAAGUUCAAAUGGGGACACGGUUUCAUCACUUUAAACGAAGAGCUUUUGGAGACGUAUUCCGAAUGCGCCACCGCCGAGGACGUGAAAAAAGCUCAAGACGAAUGGUUGGCAGAUGCUUUUUCCGCCGAGUGA